UGCGAUAACUAUAAGAAUGCUCUGAAGACGUAUGUGCGUCCAGGAAGCGGUCCAAAUGGCCAGGAUUACAAGAUAAUUAUGAAGAAAAAUAUGUUUUCAGCUGAAGUAAAAGAUACUCCCUUCCGCUAUAUGGUAACCGCCUGCACUAGUUUCCAAAACGGAUUCGCCCCUCCCGAAGCCGACAUAAAUGGUGUUGUCAAAACCUGCUUUGAGAACAUUCGUGCCAACACUGAUCCAGAUGAGUACAAUAAAAUGAUAAAUCUCCCGAUCAAACAAUGGGGGAAUAAAAGCGUUGAAGAACUGUUAGAAUGCAUACCAGCAGCACCAGAACCAUGCGUUAGACAAGGAACACUAAAGAGAGCUUCUGGCGCGCAAAUCUUUGGAGCUGGCUUAGGAAGCGCAUGUUCACAUCAAAUCAAAUGCACGGCUGAGGAGGAACAAAGUUUCACAAAAGCCAUACAAGAGGCCAAGUGGAAGUUUGGUUCGAAUGAUGUUCCUGUCCUCCGCAGAGUGCAAAAGGACCUGAAGGCUAGGUUUGGAAACAACAAUAAAGCAGCAAAAGUUGUUCUUCCAGUCUGGGGCGGCACACUUGGCCAAUUUUUGAAAUGUAGAUUCUAA